AUGGACGACUCAGCACAAGAAUUUCGCAUCAAGCGAGUCAGUCAUCAAGGGCCCGAAGCCGAAUACUGGCUGAGCCAACUUAACGAGUAUGUCCUACCAUUCUUUGGAAGAGACAUAAAGCAAAGGAGGAAAUUCCCACUACCGGACGACACUAUAUUGCUUAUAGCGGAGGAUAUAUCCCAGCCAGACAUCGAUGGCAAACACAGAGCCGUUGGCUCAGUCGCGAUCAAAAAACUUCUGCCUGGCGAUGAGCAAUCUGAAGGCCUGCCCGACGGUACACGAUAUGGCGAGAUCAAACGAAUGGUCGUGACGAAAGAGUAUCGAGGAACUGGUGUCGCGGCGAAACUCCUGGAAACUGCUGAAGAUGCCGGCAAGACGGAGCUCGGAUUGCAGUGCAUCGUUGUUGAAACGUUGCGUACUCUCAAGCCUGCGCGGAGAUUUUAUGAGAAGGCUGGCUACAAGGAGAGGAGUACUUUUGGAGUUUACCAUGAGGAAGAUAGUGUGUGCUACGAGAAGUGGGUGUGA